ACUCGUCUCGCGGCAACCGACCCUCUCGUUCUCGCGUAUCGCGAUGGACGGCGAAGUGCUGCGUGCGGCGUACUGCUGCCUGCGAACGGACGUAUCUCCGCGUUGAGAGGGAGAGAGGUUGUUUGUCGCGCGUGUGUUUACUCGGCGGAGCUCGCGAGUAUCCUGUCAACGCGCCUCGCGACUCGCGACGAAGAGACCCCUCGACCGACGAGCGGAGUGAAGUCGGGCGCGAUCGUGCGAGGGAGAGAGACGGAGGAAGAUACAGUGCAGAGUUUAAUCGGGCAUCGUGUCGUGCGCGAAACCCUCGACGGAUAUCCUCGUCCUAGUGUUCGCCUCGCGGGACCUCGAGGCCAGGAAGCUGUCAAAACGAGCGGAUACGUUCGAGGAGCUUCGGGUCGCGAGACCUCCGGGUCUCUCUUGAGCGUGAGAGAGAGAGAGAGAGAUCGAAGGAGAGAGAGAGAGAGAGGACCGAGUCGAUCUCGAGAGAGCAGUAGGAAGACGCGAGAGAGAGAGAUAGAAGACGGCGAGAAUUUGGUUGAUACAAUGUGUAUGUGCGUGUGUGCUCGCAAGGAUAAACCGAAGGGAGAGAGGAAGUGAAACAUUCUAAGUAAGGAAUAAUAAAACGACGAGUGAAAAGCACGAGAGUACAGAAAAAGUGCGGAGGAAGAGACCCGGGGAUUUUUCUCCGACAGAAGAAGAAGAAGAAAGGAAAAACAAACAGCGAAGUAGAGAAAAGAUCCUUCCGUGAGAUCGUCUUGGCUAUGACGAGGACAGGGAGUCGUCUCGAUCGGUCGUCGUCUUUGAUUGAAGCCGCGGAUGUCAGCCCCAUCAUCCCCAUCAUCCCAUUGAAUGUGGAACACGAUCUCACGGUUCUUCGCUAAGGGCAGCAAGACCACCUCGCCGCUGCCAUCAUCACCGACGACGGCGGCAAAAGACGACGAGGAACAACAACAACAACAACAACACGAGCCCGCGUGCAACGGCGUCGCCAACGACGACGCGUCCGUCGACGGUACGAGCGCCGUCCAUGUGUUCUACGGCGCGACGAUGGAUCGCGGCGCGAGUGCAGACGAUCGACGAUGGCCUCCUGCCGCAGCCUCCUCCGCUGGAACAACGACCGGUGCCGCGGCGGCAGCGGCAACAGCCGACCAGCAGUCCAGCGGGGGCGAUUCCGAGCACUUCGACUCCUACGACUCCCGCAAGGCCAAACAACGUGCCUCCGUAAAAUGGCUCCUAUCGAAGGCAUACAACAAUCGAGUACCAGAAAAGCUCCGCGAGCCGUAUUAUCGUGAUCAUGAGGAUCAGGAACAUCUGAAACCGCAGAUCGUUCACGCCCUUUCCAAUGCGGAGCUCUACUGUCUCGCCCUGGCCAACAUAUACUCGGAUCCCAACUAUCACAAUCAGAAUCACUACGGGAUCCUGCAGGCCCUGGCCAGGAAAGGCGUCUACGUCGCGGAACAGAACAAUACUCAACUCACCGAAACGAUUCUCAUUCAAAAUUCACCACUCAAGAUGUCUGCGCAUAUGGCUGUGAUAGAAGGCCUGAUGGUCUUGUACGCGAAGGAGGUGGUAACAGGGGACCGGGUCGUCUCAGCGAUACGACGAUUCGACCCCCAGGCCGCGGUGGACGUGCCGUCAGAUCACGAGAAGGGUCUCCUGCUCUGGAUCAACCACGCAUCGCACGCGUUAAUCGCCAAGAUCCAGAGCGAGGAGGGCGCCGGCGACAAGACGCGGCUGCCCGAGCUACCCGCCGCCAAGGACUUUCAGUCUCUGUGCGACGGCGUCGGCCUGGCAGCCGUCGUCGCCUUCUAUUGUCCCGGCGAACUCAACUGGAUGGAGAUCAGGGUGUCGAAGAGACCCUCGGUCGCGGACGCGUUGCACAAUCUUUCCCUGGUGCACGCGUUCUGCCUCAAAUGCCUGCCCUAUUCGAUUUUCCACAUGCAACCUGAGGACGUUACGUACAUGAGAGGGUCAAUGAAGCAGAACCUGGUGGUUUUUCUGGCGGACAUGUACAACGUUCUGGAAAUUCAUCCGGCGAAAUGCGUUCGUUAUCCCGGAGAGGAGCGUGCGAUGCAAUACUUAGAUGCCUGCCCGCGCAAUAGUCAUGGCGUAGCUCAUAAGAGAUGCCUGCCACAGUCUAUAGCUCCGAUACCCGAUCUGAGAAGCAACCUCUCCAUAUCCGCGCCAGGCUUCACAGUUGCAAAAUCAACUUCAAAUACUGUGAAAAAGUCACAAUCUUUGCAACAAACUACCGACAGUCAUCCAUACGACGACAGGCGCAUAGGUAGCGAGGAGAGCUUCGUGGUGCAUCGUGGCAAGGGCAUUCCCACCUUGAGCUCCGUGUCGGAUGACAAGUCCAGAACUGAAGCUGCGGGACGGCCGAGCAACUGGGAGGAGCAACGACGGAGCUCAUACGCUGGACGUCGGUCCAGACGGAACAGCAUCACGGACGAUUCUCAGUUGACAAUCGAGAACUUUGGCGGAUCUCAGGAUAAUUUACACAAUUUUGGUAGAAAUCCGGAUAAAGAGGUAGGCGCGCACGUGAACAAGCGCAACACGACGGAGCCGACGUUGCCCGCGAGAUCUAGCGUCCAGGAUGUUUACGGCAGCGGCGUGCAGCACAUAAUUGCGGACAACGGCUACAACGGCAGCAAUGGUAGCGAGGAGCUGCCGCGGCUGCGACGACAGGCAUCCAACAGCAGUCUGGAUAACGUCGCUCUCCGGCAGAUCUUACAUUCCGGCGUAGAGAACGAUGGUGGCGGUGGCGGAGAUAACAACGAUGCUAUCGGGGACGCCGUCACGAAGUUCGCCAGUUUCGCGAACCUGAACAGGCAGAGCUCGGAAAAGGGGAUCAAUUUCACGUAUAUGGAACAAGAGCGGCAGGACGACGUCAAACAGCCAAGUAAGAGGCACGGUCAAAGUAACGGAAACGGCGAGAAGAAAACGACCUUCGCCACUUUGCCGAAUACGACCACGUGGCAGCAACAGAGCAGCCAGCAGUCGCAACAGUUGGAGCAACAUUCUAUCGAUGAGAACGGCGGUAAUACCAUAAUGGCCUCGCAGUUGAAUAACAUACGACUGAAGCUCGAAGAGAAGCGACGACACAUAGAGAACGAGAAGCGAAGGAUGGAGGUUGUUAUGUCGAAGCAACGGCAGAAAGUAGGAAAGGCAGCGUUCUUGCAGGCGGUCACUAAGGGUAAGGUUAAAUCUCCCUCUUCGUCAACGUCCGGGGGGGACAGUCCGGCCGAGACAGUCGGUCCCCCCACUCCUGUAACCUCCGGGUCUUCCGGGGCAACCCCGACGAGCAUUUCCGAGGCGUCCUCUGUACCCCAACAACCCUCUCAAGAAAAACCACAGAGACCUUUCUCGCUCAAGGAAAUUAGUGAGGAUGUGCGAGACGUCGAGCACAAGUGGUUGGAACACGACGGGAACGCGCCAUUCAUCGAAACCAGACGCACUCCGGAUAUCGAGAACAUGGAUCCCGAACAAUAUCGUCAAUCUAUAACACAAAUGAACUCCAGCCUGAGCGAGAUUCAAGCGGACAUACAGCGUUUAGCGAGCCAGCAGAAUCAGAUUCAGCAACAACACCUGAUGACGCAGCAUCAGAAACAGAUGCAGCAACAACUCCAGCAACUGCAGAGUCUCAGUCAGCAGCAUAUGCAGCAGUCUCUCUCACAGACUUACGGAAUGCCGCCGAUGAAUCCGUUAACGCCCAGACUGCAGGAUACGCAGCAAUCACAGUUCUACUUGCACGAUCAACCGCAAGUGCAGAGGAGAAUGUGGGGCCAACCGGCGCCUGCCCAAAGUCUAGCCAACGAGAUGGCCGCGGUGGGCUAUCAGCAGUCUAUGGACUCUCGAUUUAGCCCCCAACCUGCCGCUUAUCAGCAAGAUAUGCGCAUGUACGCGGAUCCCACGAGGACCUGGGCCGCGCCGCAUCAGACGCAAAAGGGAUUCGUUCUGCACGAUAAUCAGGAAGCGAGGUAUCUUAAUGGCGGGGAUCAUAGUCUGUGUAAUAAUCAAAUGAGCCAUCCCGGCCCGACAUAUCCGGGGUCCUCGUCGCUUUUCAAUCAAACACAAGCCACAACUGCUAGUCCGCAACAUCGUAACGCUGUUCAUCGAAUAAGUCAGUUAAUUAGUGAAAGUCCCGAGCCUAAGAGAUCAACUGCACAUCACGUCCCGAUCUCAUGCGAAAGCCCAACGGAAAAGAGGCAGGUGACCGCUUUGCACACUCCAGUACCAGCUCCACCUGCUGAUGAUAUGAAGCCACAGAAUAUAUCUUUCAUUGGCAACGAUGACGAUAUCGCGCAAGGUAUUCGAGGCUUGAACAUUACAUCGGGUAGUCGUACGUAUAGAAUACCGUCGCCAACCAGACCCACGAUAUCGCAGAAUUCCUUCCAACCUCAUCCCUCAUUAAGGGAAACGUCGCGUUCGGCCACUCCGGACGUCACCCCUCUCGAUUCCACGGACGUGGGUGAGAAAGGGUUCUACAUUUCUUUCGACAAUGAUGUUCCCAAGAAGCCGAAACCGACUCUCAGGGUGAAAAGAAUGUCCCCGAAGAAGGAACGAAGUGUAUCGUCUUACAUCGAGCACGAGGACUUCAUGCGUUCCGAAUCGCCUCUUAUCAGCGCAGUUGAAAGGCAGAAGCAAGCGGAAGCUCAGCGAGAAUUAGAACGGGAGCGAUUGCGACAAGUCGAAGAGAGAGAAUAUCAAAGGCAAGAAAUGAGGGACAGAGAGCUUAAGAGGGAAAUAGAAAGAGAACGACAGAGGGAGAAACAACGCGACAGCAGUGCGGAAGGCCGACACGCUUCCGGAGUUGGUCUGGUGAUUGGGAAUCAACUUACGAAUCCCGAUCCAAACUCUAUGGACGAAAUGGAGAAAAAGAAAGAGAAGAUAAUGCUAAUGUCGCUGCAGAGAAGGCAAAGGCAGGAGGAAAUGAAGGAAAGAAAAGAAAUCGAGUCUCAGGCACGUAGGGAACAAGAGAAAAUGAAGCAAGAGGAAAGGGCUCGUAAGAAAGAGGAGGAACGACAAAGACGAGCCGCUAUCUUGGAACAUCAUAAAGUGAAGAAGGCGAUAGAAGAAGCGGAGAGAGAAGGUAAAGUAAUUGAUAAGGAGCUCCUCAACGCAAUAAAUCCAGCAAAAUUGCGCAACAAGACUGCAACCGCUCGACCACGGCCCAAAACGAUCCACGUAGACGCAGGUACGGGGUUGGACUCCGGGGCCCUUACACCUAGUCGCGGGAAGAAAGGUUCCUCUUCUAACUUGAGUACAGCGUCGCUGACCUCCCCAACGAUGAGGCGAGACUACUACCGGGGCUCGCAGGAUAGUCUCACAGCUGCUCAUCUCGAUGACCGACGUUGUUCCGGCCCUCUUUAUCGGGGCGGCAGUCUCAGGGUAUCUUCCGUAGAUUCACCCGAUGACGGUAGAGGCUCCUCGCCAUGUCGCAGCGUGAAUCAGCUCGGUCGACGUGGCUCCUACAAGACUUCCAGAGAUGCGCAGGAGUCUCAACAACAGGUUAGAGGCAGGCCUAAAUACCAGACUUACCAAAACUUUAAGGGGAGAAAGUCUAAUUCCCUGAUGAAUUUGUGCGAUUCGGACAGCGGCCUGGGUAGAUCGACGCCACCGAGACGAGCCGCCAGUCCGGGUAUAGGCAGCAUGAGGCAUCUGACGUCACCCUCGGGCCCCGGCUCGCUGCCACCCGCCCUGAUGACCUCGAAGAAAAGGAUCUACGACGAUGGCAGUAGCGAUAUCAGUAGCACGCCCAGUUCUAUGAUGGACUACAAUGGCCCGAGACUAUAUAAACUGCCGAUAGCCAAGUCAAAUCGCAACAUAAUGCUGAACGCUGUGGAGUACUGCGUCUUCCCCGGUACGGUGAACAGGGAGGCCAAAUCAAGGGUACUGGAGGAGAUCAGCCGGUCCGAGAGCAAACAUUUUCUCAUCCUGUUUCGGGACGCCGGCUGCCAAUUUCGCGCUCUCUACUCGUACUGUCCCGAACGGGAGGAGGUGGCCAAGCUGUACGGUACUGGGCCCAAACAAGUCAUCGAUAAUAUGUUCGACAAGUUUUUCAAAUACAAUUCCAGCGGAAAAUGUUUUUCGCAAGUUCACACGAAGCAUCUGACGGUGACCAUAGAUGCCUUUACGAUACACAACAGCCUCUGGCAAGGGAAAAAGGUGAACUUACCGAACAAGAAGGACAUACCGCUUGUCAUAUAGUUUUACGUACACAAGUGGUCAACACUUAACUUAACAUUAACGCUACCGUGCCCUCUGUUGUUCAUAGUUACUAUUUUAAUACAGGCCCAUAUUAAAUUAAUGCGAAUAUAUUGCGUUUCUUAGUCAAUUUUAUAAGGACAAUUGAUCGGUGCUGACCCCUGAAUAAAAAAAUCACACAAUCCGCGGAAUCCGCUCAUCCCUCGAUUGACAAUUUGCACGUCGCUUCUUUCAGAAAAUAGAAGGAAGGACGAGAGGGAGAGGGAGGAGGGAGCGUUGAUCACUAGGAAAAUGUUUUGUUUUUUUUUUCUUUCUUGCAUUUUUUCUUAUUCUUCGUUGAGAGAGCGUCAGCAUCAAUCACUGUGUCAUAAAAAGAUUUACCAGUAUCUCUACUUACAUAAGAAUGAUUUUUGUGUUGUAUUACAAUAUGCCCCUUUAAAUACACCCUUCCUCCGAUUUUGCGGACUAACUUCGACAUGUAUAAUCGUCUUGUAAUCGUGUAAAUCGCCGUGUUGCGACUGCAUGGACGUGCGACUGUACUGAAUAUUUGCGCAAAAAGUUUUUUUUUUUUCUUUUUUAAAGCAAUUUUUCCUAAAUUUAUCGAGUACGAAGCAAAGAUGAGAGAAAGAUGGCAUUUGUUCUUGCGCGAAUGUAUGUAUGUUUGUGUAUGUGUGUAUGUGCAUAAUGCGAUUCGCGCACAGAUUCUUUUUUUUUUUUUUUAUUCUAAACUAAGGGGUCUAAAUUAUUGAACGAUUAUUCUCUUAGAGUGUUUGAAACUUUUUAAAGUAUAUAAGGUGAAAAAAUGCGAAUAUGAGGGAUCAUUAAUUUUAGCUGACUUGUGGUUUUUACUUUUUCCUCGCGUCCUCUUUUUCUCCCCAUCUUUAAUAGCCCGCCGCGAUGUAUUUCUAUAAAAAAACAAUUCGUUUCUUUUUUUAUAUGUAUAUAUAUAUAGCGUCUUUUUUUUAAUCGGAAAAACAUUCAAUAUCUUUUUUUUAUACUUGUAAUAUUUUAUUAGUUGAGAUAUGUGUCUUUCUGGGCAAAAAUGCUCUCGAAACGAAUGGAAGAGAUGAAUUAAUGAUUUCUCAUGCUACGUAUUUCUAUGCGAUUUUCUCGCGACUGUUGACGAUUGUAAACGCGUAGCGUGAUUCUUGCGGUGUCCCUCCAUCUUCUUUCCCCCUUUCUUUGCGAGAGAAGAAACUUUUGCGACCGGGAGAAGAAGAUGGAACAAACAGAUAGCUCACGUUGUAAGUAAAUAAGUUUGUUGCUUAAUUAGCGGGGAGCAAGAUGUAAAAAACCAGCCUUAUAUCGAUCAACGCGAACGUAUAUUGUAUUGUCGCGCGUUUCCUUGUAUAAGGAUAUUACGAUACCUUCGCGACAUCUCAUUAUCGUUUCUGCGGGCGACAAAACGUUGUGCAAGGCAUAUAUGUACGUAUUUACAGUUUUACGCCAAAGCGAACGAUGCGUUUCGUCGGGAGGGGAUUAGAUAGUUAUCAUUGUGUACAAAAGAUGGAUGUUUUUGCAUAAGUAUAUUGUUGCCUCGCGGGGAAGGACUGCUACAGGGGAGAAAGACUUUUUUUUUUUGCUUCCCCCGAGUUUUUGCGCUUGCGAUCGUGUUCUUUAUCUUUGUAAGAGGAAGGUGGAAGAGAAUGGCUCGUAUUAAAAAGGACUCCUCAUUGAAUAGGAUUUUGGAUUUCAGUAGAAAUGGCUGUUUUUUUCAUAUUUUGUAGAAUAUAUUCUGCUGAUCAAAAGAUGUAAAUAAUAGUCUCAAAGCUAAAUAUUGGAUAAUUAUUGAACUACAAUCAGUUCAACAACAGUAACUAUUAUUACUAGAAAUUGAAGCUAUUACAGCUUUUAUUUAGCAAGUCAUAUACUACAACAUAUGGGGGAAAAAGCCAAUUUCAUCAAAAUCUUAUCCAUUUAGUGAAGGGUCCUUUAGUAAUUUUAACGAUGGAACUGUACUUUUUUCAAAUGGUUACUAACGAAAGUUGAUUAUAUCUCGAGAGUCAGACGUUUCCGCUUUCUUUGGAAAUGUAAAAAGAGAAGGAAACACUUUGCGAAGCCUCAUGUUAUGAAAUAUUGUAACAUUGGAUUACAAAUGCGUACAGACAGAUUUAACGAAUUGACAGUCUCAAACUCUAUUGAAUUUUCUCAUGGAUAACUCCCCCGCCAUCUCUCAGCGAAACUUCAGUCAGCCCGAGCGAACAGAUCUGUGUGUAUGCGAAUGAUGAUGUUAAUUUAUCGGAAGAACUAUGCUAUAUAUUUAUUGUGCCAUAUAAAUUUCGACGUUCGCCUUUCGCGUGGGAAUUGGCAUCGGCUUCCUAUUCUCGUUGAACGGAUAUCUAUAUAUAUAUAUAUAUAUAUAUAUAUAUAUAUAUAUAUCCUUGAUCGUGACGUAGAAACAUGAGAGAAGGGACUAGAAAUAGGUAGACUUAAAGUAGACAUUUUAUACGACAAUAUCGGGGGUCUAUCUCGUUUUUUCGUACAAUUAAUUUCUCCCGGAUCUUUCCGUCCAUCACGGACGGGGUCUGAUGAUCCAAAAAUAUCGUUCUUCUCUCUGAUUAUUUUGUACGAUGAGUCUUCAAACUCGGCCGAGAUGUAACAUGUCCGAGUACAGAUAGACCCUCCAUAUUCCGCGACGGCGUAACACAAAAAAAAACGUAACACGCAGGAUUUAUUAAGAAUACACACAAAUACGCGAAUCACAUAUCGAAUUCCGAAUGUUUUCCGGCAACCGCGGAAGAGUAUGUAUUUUCAAUUCGUAUAUAUGGGAUGCCCGAUCAAUUUCUGGCUUUACUACUCGUCGUCCCGCCUUUUAACCACGUGUAACGAGAGGGACUUGUGAGAUUAAACUCCGUCGAGAUUAUAUACAGUAACAGAGA